AUGCCUGUGGAAUGCAUUGACUGGGGGCGUUUUGCCUAUGGACAGGAGUCCACCGAAGGCUCCUCUUCCCUCUCAGAUUCUAAACAGACCUUAGUACCCAAGAACACACAGGAAAAAAAAGCAGAGGCAUCAGAUACUAAACAAGGAAGUGCCUCUCCCGGCGCCCCAUCGGAAGCGAUGGAGAAGCGCACUACUGGCCCAACAGAUCAGGGUAUGGUGCACUGUACAGAUGCCGCAGCAGCCACAUCUCCAGCAAGCGUAACGUCUGCAGGCCAGCAGCAACGGCCUGCUGCUGUUGCUGUUUCUGAAGCGGCGACACCUGAUGUGCGACUUGCCUCGUUGCACGAUAGGGGAGGGGGGAGGCCAUCAGGAUGGCUCUCUUUUGGGAACAGCAGCAACAACGGGCCCUUCAGUGGGUCGAGUCUCAGCCGGGGGAGUUGCAGCAGCAGCGGCGGCAAGAGCAGCAAUAGCAAGACCAGUACCACGCCGGCUGCAACAGGGAAACAGCAGCGGAGCCCUGCCUCAGUAUCGAUGUUGCCUACUUCUGGGGAGUCAACUCAGAAGCGGCGUAAGCUGUUAAGGGGAGGGAUUGGAGCGUUGUGCUCGACAAGUAGCGACAGUGAAGGUGGCUCUGCAGCUGCUGCAGGUGCAGCUGGGGGCGGCACUUGUCCAUCGGGUGGAGCGCGUAGCGGUGCUCGGAACAGCAAGAACAGCAGCAGCAGCAGCAGCAGCAGCGGGAGCGAUGGAUCGGACAGCGACGAAGCAUCUCUGGAUGCCUUGCAGCUGUGCCUGCAGGAGUCGGAGGCGAUGACGGAUUCGUUGGUGGAGGAGUUGGGGGGUCCUACAGCUGAGGGGAAGCAGCGUGUUAGGCAGCAGAUCGGUGCAGGUCGAUGCCACUGCAGCACUUCCAUGGGCAUCCCUCAGUCGCUACAGCAGCACUGCGGUGACGGGUGGGAGAGGCUAAAGGAUUACCAGAAGUGCGGCGUCCAUUGGCUGGCCUCCCUCCACAAAGCCAACAGAAACGGAAUUCUAGCCGAUGAAAUGGGACUUCUUUUGUGUGUUGGUGGUCAGGGAAAGACAGCUCAGACGUGCGUAUUUUUCAACUACGCGUAUUCUAGCGGGUUGCUGUCCACUCCGACGUUGGUGGCCGCACCGGCCUCUUUGGUGGACAACUGGGUACGGGAGUUGGAGAUGUGGGCGCCCCAUCUUGCAGGGCGGGUUGUGAAGUAUGCAGGGAAGCAGGCGGAGCGGCGAACUCUGGCCUUGCAGUGUAUAGAGUCGCUGCAGUCAGCAAAUCCCUUCCGAGUUCUGGUCGCGUCUGUCAACUCCCUCUCCAACAAAUGGGACUUGCAAUACUUGCGCCAACUCCGCCCCUUCGCCUACCUCGUCGUCGACGAGGCCCACGCUCUCAAAAACAAAGAUUCCCAAGUCUACAGAAACAUCAAUAAAGUGGCCAAAUGCGAACGGCGCAUCCUGCUCACUGGCUCGCCUAUUCAAAACCGAACGGGGGAACUGAGAAAUUUACUCCUGUUUUUGAUGCCAGCGGUAUUCGAUGCCGAGUCGUUGGACUUGGCUCUCACUGCAUUUGAAAGACAGGCACAGAGACAGCGGGUUUGUAAACUGAAAACACAAGUCAAAACAGAGAAGCAGAAGCAACAGCAGGGAGAAUCGCAACAGCAACCCAAAGGCGUCAGUACGAAUACAGCAGAACCUGACACCACGACCAGCUCCUCGAACAGCAACAGUAGCACCAACGGGAACAGCGACACCAACCAGAGCAGCAGCACCAAUGGCGGCAGCAGCAGCAACAACAACCAGAGCAGCAGCAGCAACGGCAACAACAGCUCCUCCGAGGAGCAAAAGGGGGCAUCACUAGAUGGUUGGGAAUCAAAGGGGUUUUUGAGUCGUGCCUUCGACUCUUUGGUUACGAAGGGUUCCGAUGGUGCAGCAGAAGGCGAACUGCCUGCUGACGUGACUUGUUUGCAACGGGUUUUAUCUCCUUUUAUUCUGAGACGUCUAAAGAGCGAAGUGAUGCAGGAACUGCCCAAGAAAACAAAUGUAGUCCUCCGCUGUGAACUCGAUGGCUCUCAGAAGACCCUCUACUUGGCAGAGGUGAGGCGGCAUCAGUCCGACCUGGCCCUCUCACUCCGAAGACUUACACACGCAUUCGCACCCAACGAAGACGAUACCCAAGACGCCAGCACCAGUAACAGCAGCAGCAGCAGUGGUGCAGCAGCAUCCAAAAGUUCCGCUGUUGGGGACGGCACGCAAGCGAGUGGCAAGGAAGCCAAGGAAUCAAAAGACGGCAGUGAGGUAGGGGGCAAGCGGUUUGUCAGCAGUUUGCUCUUCCGUCUGCGUCGAAUUUGCAACCACUCGCUUCUCAUGCAGAGUCGAUACACUGCGGAGCAGAAAGACCGCAUGGCUCGACACUACGCGUAUCACGUGGACGGCUUCAAAGGAAACCCGAUCGAGAAGAUUCGUGCAGAGUUCGACAAGUGGAGUGACUACGAAAUACAUCAAGUGAUACUCGCCACAUCGCAAACAGCACUUCAUAUUUUCACAGGGAUUCGUAUGCUGGCUGAACAGGGCGACAUGAAGCUGUCCGACUUGGCUUUGCCUGCUGAGGCUUUCCUCGAGAGCACGAAACUGAGAAAGGCGUUUGAAUUGCUAAAGGAAGUGCAGAGUCGGGGGGAGAAGGUAUUGGUGUUUAGUCAGUUUACAACAUUCCUGGAUGUGGUGGAGGAGGCUUUGCAGCUGCAUAUGCCGUCUCUCCGUUUCUGUCGCCUCGAUGGUUCUACUGUCGUAGAGGAGCGGCAGCGGUUGGUGGAUGGAUUUAACCAAACAGGAGAAUGUACCGCUUUCCUACUCUCAACAAAGGCCGGAGGGCAAGGUCUCAACCUCACAGCCGCCCGAACAGUUAUCCUCCUAGACCAGGACUGGAACCCACAGAACGACCGACAGGCAGAGGACCGUGUACACCGUCUUGGGCAGACGCACGAUGUGAUGGUGUAUCGUCUUUGUUGCCGCGGCACAGUAGAGGAGUCAAUUCUAAAGUGUUGCCAGCGGAAGCUAGACCUCGACAGCGCUUUUGGGGGGAAUUCGGAGGUUCUCCAGGCUGCAAUUUUACGCGUGGGAUUCGCUGGAAGCCGGAGGCAUAGAGGGCGAGGAACCUCUGCUGCGCCUGAGUCCACCGCCGCCGAAGAUCUCCUGACGGGAAGCCUCCAGAUCGCAAGAUCGAACUGCAUGCUGUUACACGAGUCCGAACUCACGCUGCCUCGCCUCACAGCCGCUCGUUUUAAGAGCUGUGUUGUUGCUGAUGUCUCCGUUUUCUCUUGUUUUUUGCUCCGCAAGUUCACAACGACAGGUGCAUUGCGGACGACAUUUAAACGACCCCCCGUCUUGAGUGGUAGUUGCAAUCUUGGGGGUUGA